AUGGAUCAACCAGUCCAACUCCUCUCCUACCAACGCCUCAAAUCAAAGAGUACCUUCAUUAUCUCCCUGCAACACGGAAACGGCACCGCAACUCCCAUCUACGAAGUCGCAUGUUUAUCCUCGAAACCGAACCUCUCCAUCUCCCGCCUGCAGCCUGCAUACCAGCAGCAACCACCACCACCGCCUCAAUAUGGCUAUCCACCAGCACCAAACCCAUACUACCAGCAACCAUACCCUCCUCCAAACCCAUUUCCACCCCAGCAAUACCCGAUGCACCCCCAAUAUCCAAUAAACAACCCACCACCCACCAAAACAACCAUAGGAACCGUUUCCCUCUCCUCCAUGUCCUCCAAAAUCACCAUCUCAAUUCACAACAUCCCCGAACUCAAAAUGAAGCGUCCGGACUUCCUCGCCUCCGGGCACCAAUUCACCCAUCCCCGCUACGGCACCCUCGAAUGGAAAGAAAGCGAUCUCCUUGAGAAACGCUUUAAGCUUGUCGACUCGAACAAGACCGUGCUGGCCCGGUUCGAUAAGUGGAAGUUACCGGACCACCAGCGGCAGGAAUCGAAAUCGUCCAUGUGGGGUGGUUCCUCGUCAUCGACGAAGAAGAAGAAGAAGGCGUGGGCAUUCCAAAUCUUUGUAAAUGCGGAUCCGGAGCUGUUGGAUUGGAUUGUGGUUAGUGGAUUGGGGGUUGUUGAGUAUCGGAUCACUUCGGAUAAGGAGUGGGAGGAGGAGCUUUUGGGAAAUGAGGAUGGUUGGUCGGCUUUGUUGGGGUAG